UCUAAAUAACAGAAAUAUUAGAAGAUUAGAUGGCACCAAACGGGAGAAGGAAGAGCGUGAGCGGAAGCUUAGUGAAGCCGCCGCCACCACCAAAGCUAGCGAAAGGGUCACUGCAUAGGACCCUGUCAGACAUAUCGUUGGAUUUCCACAGAGAAGAAGAGAAAGGACUCGGGACGAUAGUGGAGGUGGAGAAGGCAAAAUGCAAAUGCUGCGGGAUGAGGGAGGAGUGCACAAUGGAGUACAUAGAGAGUGUGAGGGAGAAGUUCUUUGGGAAGUGGAUAUGCGGUCUCUGCUCAGAGGCGGUGAAGGAGGAGAGGGAGAAAAGGGAUGAGAAUGGCCUUGAAGGGGCCUUGAAGGAGCACAUGAGCGCCUGCCUCAGGUUCAACAAGCUCGGAAGGGAAUAUCCUGCCCUCUACCAAGCUGAUGCCAUGAAAGACAUGCUCCGGAGAAGCACGAGGGGUCAGACUAUUAGCCAUAAACCCACUCUUCAGAAUAAGCCUGCUAUUUCCCGUACUUCAAGCUGUAUUCCGGCGAUCACCAGGGACCUUAAUUAAUUUGUCUAAUAUCUUAAUGUAUAAUUUAGCCCCUAUAGCAAGCUAAUAUCUAAAGACUCAUAUAUACUACCCUAAUUAAUAAAGCUGAUUUUUUCCUGAUCCUGGUCAAUUGUAACUUAUAAUUAAUUAAUUCAUAUAUAUAUACAUA